CAUAGGCGGGAAUUAAUUGUGAUAUCCGGGACGAGUCAAGUUUUUGGCGCCGUUUCAGGGAACAACGGUCUAUUAUCUUGAAAAAGUUGUUUGGUGUUAAUCUAGCUUUUAAUUUCCAAUUUUGAAAGUGUGUGUGCUUUGAUUGUGCUAGACUUGGUGUUGUUUUCUAAGUGUGUGUAGGGAGGUGCAUGGCUCGUAGCAAUCCGACACCUUUGAUACCACGUGACGAGGACAUAAAGCGAACUCUCCGACUCCUAGCACGGGACAGGGAGCUAGCGAAGGCAAGGAGGAGAAGUGAAGAAAGGGGACAACAGUUUGGUCCUGGUGCUGGUUGAGUAGAAGUUGAAUAAGUGGAAGUUGAACCCGACAAUGGAGUAGAAAUGGCGGGGAACUAAAGAGAAGCAGGAGCCGCCCAAGCUCAUAACCUAAACGAUGUGGUGGCGGAAGAGGAAUUCUCGAGGACAAUGGGAUACUAUAUGGCCCCACGGCUGGCAGACAUUCAAUCGCCAAUCCUACACCCUCCCGUGGCGGCCAACUAUUUCAAGAUCAAGCCGGCUCUAGUGACCAUUAUACAAAACAAUGCUUUGUUCCAUGGUCUUCCGAGCGAGUCAUCAAGAGAGCAUGUGCAGAGAUUCCUCGAGCUCGCGGGGAGCUUGAAAAUCAAUGGCAUGCCGGCUGAAGCUUUGCAACUGAGGCUUUUCCCCUAUUCACUUGCAGGGAAAGCAAUCCAGUGGCUAAACAACCGCCCGCCUCGUUCAAUCACCUCAUGGGACGAUCUUCUCAACAAAUUCAUGACCCGCUAAUGCCCGCCUUCGAAGACGGCUGAGUGGAGGAAGAACAUCACCUAUUUCGAGCAAGAAGUAGACGAGACCUUGAGGGAUGCUUGGGAGGGAUUCUACAAUUACUUUCUUCAAUGCCCUCACCAUGGGUUUGAGGAGCAGUUUCAGAUUGAAAAUUUCUAUGGUGGACUAAUCCAAGAAGACAAAAUUCUCAUUGACUCUCUGUGUCAAGGGAAAUUGAUGAAUAUGACUCCACCGCAAGUGACCGAAUUGCUCGAAGACAUGGCCCUCAAGGGGUACAAUUGGGGUUUGACGAGAAGCAGGAAAAGAAGUAAUGAUAGAGGAGUGAGAAGUGUGGGAGCAAGCGCUCCACUUAUGGCUCAAAUGCCGAGGUAUGAAAAGUACCUCAAAGGAUUCCUCACCAAGAAACCAAAGUUUGAAGC